AUACCUGGUAGUCUGCAUACAUGAGGAUCAUAUUUCUUCAGAGGCUUAGGUGAACUUAUAUUACUUGAAAACUAAGUAAGAUCGUGCUUUAAAGGGUGCAAGAUCCAGUAAUAGAACUAGAUCCUAUUCUGUCUUUCUUCUGAGCAAAGCUGAACUAGAGAGAAAAAUGCCUCAAGAAGAAGAUGAAUCUUUGAUCAUCUACCUGAAGAAAGAACUCGAAGCUUCUUUGAUAAGGAAUGAAUCACUGGAGAAGGGAAAUCAGGAAUUAAGACAAGAAAUAAUUCGUCUAAAAGCACAGAUAAGUUCCCUCAAAGCACAUGAUAACGAGAGGAAAUCUAUGCUUUGGAAGAAGUUACAGAAUGCUAAUGAAAGUAGCAAGAAUGACGAAUGCCAACAGAAACCAUCAGAGUUUCUCAAAGUGUCGAAACAGAGUGCAGAUCUUUCAAGCCCAUUGCCGAAAAUGCAAGAAUCAGUACCCAGAAAGGAAAGCCAGUUGCCAAACCUACCACCUAAGCUUAUUUCUCCAUCUGUUUCAUCCUCUCCGUUCUCUGGAGUUAAUAAAUUGCCACCAACUUUUGCCCCGCCACCUCCACCGCCACCAACAAAGAUGUCUCCCCUAUCAAAAUCAGUUCGACGUGUGCCAGAAGUUGCUGAGUUUUAUCGUUUGCUUACAAGGAAAAGCGCCCACAUGGAAAACAAAAGCAAUUCUACUGCUACUUCAGGAACUGCUUUUACAUUGAACAUGAUUGGAGAAAUUGAGAACCGCUCCACUCAUCUUUCCGCUAUAAAAUCAGAUGUGGAAAAACGCAAGGAAUUCAUUAAUACAUUAAUCAAAGAAGUGGAGUGUGCGGCAUUUAAGGAUAUAUCAGAAGUGGAGUCAUUUGUAAAAUGGCUAGAUGUUGAACUUUCUUCCUUAGUAGAUGAAAGAGCUGUAUUGAAGCAUUUCGCACAAUGGCCAGAACGAAAAGCAGAUGCUCUAAGAGAAGCUGCUUUCAACUACAGGGACCUGAGAACACUAGAUUCAGAAGCUUCAUCAUUUGAAGACAAUCCAAAAGAGCCUUUAAUGAAGGCUUUAGGAAAGAUGCAAUCCCUGCAAGACAGGUUGGAAGGAAGCAUUAACAAUACUGAAAGGACAAGGGAAAGUACGGUCAAGAAGUAUAGGGAUUUCCAGAUCCCAUGGGAAUGGUUGCUGGACUCAGGCUUCAUUGGUCAGAUGAAAUUGAAUUCUUUGAAGCUAGCCAAGGAGUACAUGAAAAGAAUAACUAAAGAACUACUACAGCACAGUGAGAGCUUGGAUGAAGAGAAUCUCCUGCUUCAGGGAGCAAGAUUUGCUUAUCGAGUACACCAGUUUGCAGGCGGCUUUGACACAGGGACCAUAAACGCAUUUCAAGAAUUGAAGGCGGCUGGAAUGAGGAUUCAUAAUUAAAGAAUAGCUUGUAUUUAAUUUACGUUCAGUAAAUUACUGUUUAUGUAUGAGAAAUUAUGGAGUGCUUUGGUACAUUAGUGGUACCCCACAUGUAUUAACUAGAACCACAGGAAUCUGGUGAAGUCUGAAACGUGCAUGGGGGGUUUCAUAAAUUAUGAAUUUUUGUGUAAAAGUCGAAGCAAUUUAAGGAAUGGGUUAUGAA